GCUUCCUGCCUUCUCAUCCAUCCAUCACUCCAACAAACUAAAACCAGAUCAAGCUCAUCACUUCACUCACCAUCAAUCUCUCUCUUCAUUCACGAGAGAAAGAGAGAGCCACAAGAAGUAGCUGGAUCAAGAACUGCAAUGGCAUCAAUGGCGCCAGCAGCGGUGACCCUGAUCCUCCUCCUGGCGCUUGUCAUGAUGCCCACCGCUCUGUGCUCCCGCUCAGGGCCCUCCUCCAAGCACGGCCACGGCGGCCACGCCAAGCGCGCGCCGCCGCCGUCGCCGGCGUCUCCGCCGCCCGCGGCGCUGGUGCGCGCCACGUGCAACUCCACCGCCUACUACGACGUCUGCGUCGCGGCGCUCGCCGCCGACCCGUCGAGCAGCACCGCCGACGUGCGCGGCCUGUCCGCCAUCGCUGUCUCCGUCGCCGCCGCCAACGCGUCCGGCGCCGCGCAGGCGGCCGCGGCGCUGGCCAACUCGACCGGCACGGCGGCCCUCGCCGACGGCACCGUCCAGGGGCUGCUCCGCACCUGCGCCGCCAAGUACGGCGACGCCCGCGACGCGCUCGCCGCCGCCAAGGAGUCGAUCGCGCAGCAGGACUACGACUUCGCGUCCGUCCACGUGAGCGCCGCCGCCGAGUACCCGCAGGUGUGCAAGGCGCUGUUCCGGCGGCAGAGGCCCAACGACUACCCGCCGGAGCUCGCCGCCAAGGAGGACGCGCUCGGCAAGCUCUGCUCCGUCGCGCUCGACAUCAUCGCCCUCCUCAGCUCUCCAUCCAACAACAGCUAAUUUAAUUUAAUCGUAUAAAUAAAUAUAUGUAUACUCCAAUAUUACUAGUGCUGCGUACAGUUCGUGCUAAAUACGUGUAAUGACAUGUAUUUAGUUUAAUUAAUUCCAUCCGUGUGCUCUACUUAUUUAUUAUCAUGCACCCUGUGUACCUGAGGAGGAUCCACUUGGUAUUUUGUUGUAUUAAUUGUAUUAUUAUAUUAGUAUUAAGAAUAGAGGAGUUACUGCAGCUGGAGAAGCUUAGCAUGCUGCAACUUGUACUUCACUUUGGUUUCAGUAAUUAAUAAUAGUGACUAUUCAUA